GUAGCAGAACUCCUCUCGUACUAUUUAGCCUUCCCCCGGCCUCAUAUGCUUUCUACAAAUGUCACAUUCGAGACCCAACGCGUGUCUAUGAUCAAACCUUCAUAACCGUUGGAUUGCUCGGUACCUUCGAGAAGAAUCCAGUGUCCUCUCUACGAACCCAGUUUUUUUACCUUUUCCUUUCCUUCUUCCCCACAUUCCGUUCCUCUCACUUUUUUCUCUCAAAUCUCUGGUAAAGGGCAAGCAAGUUCUUAGCGUUUUACUUCGUUGAUUUUUUCGCCAUCUUUCUCUGGUAAAGGUGGGAACGAAAAAAUGAGUAGGAGUAGCCGUUCAAGCCGAACUCUUUACGUUGGUAAUCUUCCUGGCGAUAUCCGCUUGAGGGAGGUUGAAGACCUGUUCUACAAGUAUGGCCCUAUUGUUGACAUCGACUUGAAAGUGCCCCCGAGGCCUCCUGGUUAUGCUUUCGUUGAAUUUGAGGAUCCUCGUGAUGCUGAAGAUGCGAUUCGUGGUCGAGAUGGGUAUGACUUUGAUGGCCACCGCCUAAGAGUAAGUCUGUUUCGAGUUGGAUUUGUUGGGUCGGUUGAGCUUGCUCAUGGAGGCCGCAGGCAUUCAUCACCUGUGGAUCGCUAUGACAGCUACAGUAGCAGCAGCAGUCGUGGACCAUCAAGGCGAUCUGACUAUCGCGUUCUGGUCACCGGAUUGCCUUCGUCUGCUUCAUGGCAAGACUUGAAGGAUCAUAUGCGCCGAGCUGGUGAUGUCUGCUUUUCUCAGGUCUUUCGUGAUCGUGGAGGCAUGCGGGGGAUUGUGGAGUACACAAGCUAUGAUGAUAUGAAAUAUGCUAUUAGGAAACUUGAUGAUUCUGAAUUUCGAAAUGCAUACUCUCGUGCUUAUAUACGGGUACGGGAAGAUUAUUCUGGGAGAAGCUACUCAAGGAGCCCGUAUGACUCCAGACGCAGCUAUUCUAGGAGCCCGUAUGACUCAAGAAGUCCUUAUCGUUCAAGGAGAAGUUAUUCCAGAAGUCCCGAGUAUUCAGCACAAAGCUAUUCCAGGAGUCCCAGCCGCAGUCCUUAUGCUUCAAGGAGCAGGAGCCGCAGCAGCUACAGUCCUAUAAGCAGGAGCGUGUCUCCUGUGGCCAGAUAUCGAUCUGAGUCCCCUCGUAGGUCUGUCUCAAGGUACUGUCGAGGUCAAGGUCCCCAUACUGAUGUUAAACCUCGAAUGGGAGGCGAGCUCAGGUUGCAUUGAGGUGUCAUCAUUCAGCAUUUGCCAUUGAUGGCUGGUUGCUUAGGGAGACUUAGAUAGCUGCUGGUCCCCAAACUUCCCCGUGGAAGAUGGUAAUAGUAUAAUAGAUGUUUGAGGCAGUUGACAAUGGAUGUUGGAAGUAGUCUAAGAUAAGACUUGAUUUGGAGUUUGCUUUAAGUAUUACCCUGGAUCCUAUAUGCUAGCGGAUGGUAUGGAUGUGUGGUUGUUGAGAUGGAUGGAUUGCCGUGAUGGGUUAGAUUGAUCAAUAUACUGUGAUAUUGGACCUAGCUACAACUUGUUUGCAGUAUCGAAAACAAGUAUCUUGUCAGGUUUGGUUGUGAAGUUGUUUGCAUAUAAAAUUUGUGACAGGGUACGAAAGAUUGAUUA